AGCGCACGGGCUCUGGCUCCUCUCCAGCCGUAUCCACCCCAAGAGGUAGCCCCGGCGCUGCAGCCCAAUUCCUUUCCCUGCCUCCUCCCUCGCUCCCUCCCCCUUCCCCACCUCUCCUCCAAAACCGCAGGAGCCGCCGCGGACCCGCUGCACUCGCUCCUCCGUGAGCCGCGGAGCGGUGCGAGCGGCCCUGGCCGCAGGCACGGCCCGAAGCGGGACCAGCCCCGCCGCCUCCCCGCCGUCUCAUUGCCAUGGCCGGGGCCGCGGCCCAGCGCUGAGGAUGCUGCUGGGCGCCCCGCGGGCGGGCGGCUGGGAUCGCGGCCGGGUGGGCGAACGGCUGCAGGCGGCCCUGGCCGGCCUCCAGGAGCUCCAGGUGCUGCGGGAGCAGCAGCGGGAGCUGGUGCGGGCCGCCCUGGCUAUGCCGGCGGGCGAAGGCGAGCAGCCCCUGCGCACUCACAGCAAGGAGCUCCGGCUGGAAGCGACCCUCACCGCCCUCAAGGAACAGCUGUCUCGCUUGAGGAGACAGGAUGUCGGUCUGAAAAGCCACCUGGAUCAGCUUGACCAGCGAAUAAGUGAGCUGAAACUGGAUGUCAGUAAGACCUCCAGUGAAUACUUGGACAGCGACAGCCGCCCCAGCUCAGGCUUCUAUGACCUGAGCGAUGGUGGUUCUUGCUCACUCUCCAAUUCUUGUACCUCCGUGUACAGUGAGUCCAUCUCCUCCUCCCACACCAGUCUCUUGCCCAGCUCUCAACACCCUAAAGCGAGGCUCAGUGUGUUUGAUUACCGACCCAAGUCUGCAGAUGAAACUACUGUGCACAACACCAGCUUCCAACAGCAGGGAACCUAUGUCAGCGAUGGAUGUCGAAUUACAGCAAGCACAGACGUUUCUGGGACUCCUGCCAGGUCCAGACCGAGGCCAGUUUCCACAGGUGACUUGGAAAGACUCAUUCCAGCAGAUGCUAGAUUUCAGAAAGAGACAGAUCCCAAAUCCUCAUCGCCUCUGCGCCAUGCAGACUUGCACUUGCUCAGCGUGGACCCCAAGUUCCAGAAUGACUUGGUCUCCAAGAAUGGCAUUGAUGUGUACCCUUACCCAAGCCCCCUUCAUGCAGUGGCUUUACAGAGUCCCCUUUUCUCCCUAAUGGGGACAUCCACAGAAGCAGACCUCCAGGCUUCACCCAGCAAACCCAUGCCUAGUGUGACAGGUCCCACCUUGAUUAGGACUAGGCCAACCGCUGAAGCCAAGCCAGGGGGCUACAUCAAUAAAUUACUGCAGCUGACAAGAUGCAAAGGGAACAAUCGAGCUGAUGCCAGUGAGCGGGUUUCAACAAAAACCCAGCCAGCCACAAUGCACCAGAGACUCAUUAUAACCCCCAGUGCCGGUGGAGUGAAAAUUAACAGCAGCAGUAGCCAGCUGGAAAAACAAGCAAGUUCUCUGGAAAGUAACAAAGCUGAAGGAAAGCUGCAGAGAGAGCUGCCGGAGGGGGAAUGUGCCAAGCUGCAGGAGGCCAUGCACUGUGUGAAUGAAGAACAGCCGUCCGGUUUCCCUGACACAGAACCAUCAGCUGUGAAUAGUUGUUAUCCUGCCAAGUCUGCAGCAAGGGGCUCUCCCCUGGCAGAAGCAAGGGAGAGCAGUUCGGAGCACAGUUCAUCAUGCUCGCAGCUGUGCCAGGAGGACUCCAGCCUUUGUACUUGGAAUGCUAAAGCCAUCCCACCUAAAAAGUUGCCCCUCAAAAAAUGUGGCAGUGCCAAAUUGGCUAAUGCUGGAGGUCAGGAGCGAGCAGCACGGGGUGAGUUUGUCCACGCUCAGUUUGUCCCUGCAGAAUCCCACCAAGUCCGAGUCAAGUUUGCCAGCUCCAAAACAAAGGCAGUGAAGAUAAAGAGGAGAAACAGUGAAAAGGUACUACGUCCUGGGAAGCAAACCUUUUAUGUGGAAAAGGCGAGAGGGACUCAUGGCGCUGCCAGGCUGCCUGCUGAAUGGAAUCAGCCCCACAGACCACACGGAGCGAAGAGCCUUGCCCGGAGACCUUCAUACUCUGGUGAUGUGACCGGCAGGUCGUGCUCAGAGUCUAGCUUGUUCCCUGUGCAGGUCAGGCUACCUAAUGUGCCAUCCAGGCCAGAGCUCUACAGAGCUUCUGCCAACACACUCUAUUCCCUUGAAGCACCUUGUGAAGACACAGCCAACAAGAAGAAGCAACGCAAAUGGCAGUCCACGGUGGAGAUCUCUGCCAAGACCCACGGGGCCAGCCUCUCUGGUAGCUUUGGUGUAGGGGCACCAAGGCCGCCAGCAAGGAGAGCCGGUGUCCUGCGCACUGUCAGUAUGAGGGCUCGCCCCAAGAGUCAUCACCAUGGAGCUUAUGCCAAAAGUGAAUCAGACCAUUCUGAGUACUCAGCAGAGUGUGCCUCUCUCUUCCACUCCACCAUCGCAGAAACAAGCGAAGGAGAGGUCAGCGAUUUCACAGCCAAUCGUUUUGGGGACAGUGAGUCCAGUGAAAGUGAUUCAGAUGACAGCAGUAACAGCAGCAGCCUUGCGCUUGACUAUGAUGAGGGGGAUGAAAGCGAGCUGAUUUGGCCUGAAGGAUCGGUCAGACAACCGGGGACUGUCCAGUCCUCUUCCAAGCCUCUUCCCCCAGUGCCCAAAAUCUGCCGCAUCAAAGCUUCAAAGGCAUUAAAGAAGAAGAUUAGGAGAUUCCAGCCUGCCUCUCUGAAGGUUAUGACCAUGGUUUAAAGGAGAGCAAGCAUCUGUUUCUUGCCUUGAGACAUCCUGCUGGCUCUCAUUUGCAAAACAAGAGAACCGAUGUGCAGAGAAAGGGACUUGCUUAACGAACUUUGAACAACCUCUGAGUCGGCACAAGGGACCUUUUUGUUUGGUAAUGCCUGGACAUAAAUGUCACUGUAUCUAAUUUCCUCUUUUGCCAUUUAUUCUGUAAAUACGUAUCCGUAUAUAUUGUGAUGCCUUUUUUUGUUGGAUUUUUUUUGUAACUAUGCAGAAGGGUCGUCGUGAUAAAAUAAAAUGUCAGUAAGAGACAACAUGUCCAAACAACCUCUGCCAUAAGAUUUUGCAUGGAGGCUCUUGUCCAUAUACACAGAAAAAAGCCUCAGAUACAAAGGCCUCCUAAGGGGCUCUUUCCAGUUGGAGAUUUGGGAAUGUUCCUCCCUCUUCUGGGUAAUUCUUUCUAGUCUAAAACAGCAUUUAUCACUUACCUUUCACUCUGCUGAUAAGGAAAAGCUCUCAGUGCUCUCCAUAGUUCUACUUCCUUUCAGGACACCUAUUCAUGUACCUAUUCAUCUCCAGAACUUCAGGAGAAUCAGUUUAUCCUUCAGUAUAAACAUGCUAUGGUUAUUGCUAAAGGCAGUGUGUUUGCAGAUGAGAAUAAGACUUGUCUGUUUUCAAAACAGAGUAUAGGGGUGUUUUUUUUCAGUUCCACCUCUUACUAAUGUUCCAUGUUAUCGUUCAUUUAUUGAAUGAGUGAAAGAAUAUGAGAGCUUGGUACAACAGUGUGUGGGUAACUGGGACUAAGAUUAUGGCUUUGUCCCUGAAAUUGCAGACUCAAUAAAAAUUAUUUAAUGUACUUUUGAAAA